AUGGAACAACAGCCCAUGUCUGUCAAAGCAAUUGUCCAUUCUGUAGAGUCGUUAUAUUCAAAGACUCCAUCGCGAUUCGACGAGUCGGCCUUACCAACUAAAACUAAAAUCGAUGAUGCGUUUCUUAUCAAAGUUGUCGACGGUCGUUUACUCUUCGUCCACACGAAACGAAACCUCUUCACCAAAAUAAAGGAAGUCCUCUUCGAUCUCGACAUCACAAAAACAAAAGUCCAACCGUCACUCUCUGCUUCGAAAAAGGACUUUGGAAAGAUCCUUAUAAUCACUGAAACAACUGAACACCGCAAAACUACACUCACCGUCUUUUUCGACACAUCAAGCUUGUUGAACGAGUUUUCGACCUUUUUCAAUAAACAGGCAACUCUCCACCAAAAUCAGAAGCUCUUUGGAAUAUCAUUACAAAAGCUCUUUGAGCAGAACGACAACUCCUUCCCACCAUUUUUAGAGUAUUUUCUUACGCAAAUCACCUCCCAUCCAACAGAAAUCUUUGAAGAUGUUGAAGUCGAUGAUAUCCCGAGUUCUAUUGCUCAAGUCGAACAGAAUAAAACUCUGAAUUUCCCACCAGAAAUGUGUUGGACACUCCUGACAAUCUUCCUCAAGAAACUCCCAGUGCCUCUCUUGUACCCACUCGACAAGUUUGUCACGGAAAAGGAAACGCCAAAGCACACCAUCGAGUCGAUGCAAAAUGUAGUGACCUCGUUACCAUACGCACAAAGAGCUGUUCUUGAAAAGGUCUUUCUGAUGCUGGACACACUGUUGUCGACAUACCCAGGCAAGAUGUUAGAGAAAAAGAUAUUUAGUUCUGUGUGCUGGGAUAAGAGCGGAGCCGUCUCGUUUCUGCUCGAAGAGGUGGUUGUCUUUCUGAUUGGGAAUGCAAGCGAGAUCUUUGUGGAUGAGACAGUGUUACUUCUUGGGAGUGAUGUGAUGCUACCAAUACAACGAGGCAGAUUUUCUUUGUUGAGUGAUGUAAAUAGAAAAGGUGGAAAUCUGUUCCCCGUCAAAUUGGAAGCGGACUGA